AGUUCCACAACACCUUGGCUUUGCUAGACAAGACAGACUCCAAGUCUCCGGUGAAGCGAGCAAGCAGAGAGAUGGCGUCCCCAAGUCGCACGGCCGCCACGCCCGCCGUCCUCCUCCUCCUGCUCCUGCUUGUCGCCACAGAGAUGGGGACGACCAAGGUGGUGGAGGCCCGGACGUGCCUGUCGCAGAGCCACAAGUUCAAGGGCACCUGCCUCAGCGACAGCAACUGCGCCGGCGUGUGCCGCACCGAGAACUUCCCCGACGGCGAGUGCAACUCCCACCGCCUCGAGCGCAAGUGCUUCUGCAAGCGGACCUGCUAAGCAAGAAGUCAUCCGAUGGAUGCUACGUAUCAGAGCAUCCAUGCGUGUGCCGGCCAGUUAGAUCUGAUCGUCCCUGCAUUUGUUUCACGUCCGUCAGUAGUUUCUUCGUGUGUUUCGUUUACAAUAAUGGUUCAUCUCCAUGCAUCCGGAGGUACGCACUUUAGGUGACAAUCGGUCGGCGUUUCGGUGGUGUAGUUAGUUCGCCGGCCGCCGUGUGGUGAUGUAAUAUGGUCAUGGGAUCCCUAUGGUCAUUGCGUUGUUUCAGCCUUUCAGCAUGGACGGACACCCAUAUGCAAUGAAUCCGUUCGUGGCUUUAAUUUGAAUAAUAUUUGUGAAUUUCCAAAA